CUAUAAGACCCGCCGACUGGCCCGGAUCUCAUUGACGAAUGCCUUUCUGUUCCCGUUGCGUGCUUCUCGCACUGUCCACACUAUCUCUGAAGUCGUGGUGAAGGGCGAUUGGCAACAAUGGCUUCGACCUUGAGGCGCCGCAUCGCCAACGUCCUGCAAGACACACCCUCCGAGUCUCCAAGCCGGGAAAGCACGCCAGACAUAAAUGAAGAGGUCAAACUUGUGGCGACCAAGAAGCUCGAGAAGCUCAAGAAACACAAAGGCAGUAGGAAGAGGUCCGGGAUCAUCUUCGGGCUGGGAGGUCUGCUGGGCUUGAUGCUGGCCCUGCUAUUCGCCCAGUCCCAAGAUGUUAUCAAGCUGGAAGGUUUGCUUGAGGUCAAUUUGGAUAGUCUGAUGGACGCGAUACCUGCAGGCAUCGUCAAAGAUGUCAAAGACCUGUCGAUGGCGGAGCGCGAUGUGGUCAACUAUGACUCGUUCGCAGUGGGGUUGCAUCUACAAUCCCAGGGGAUUUCAGCCCAUCAUCCCGUCAUCAUGGUUCCCGGGGUCAUCUCGACAGGGCUUGAGUCGUGGAGUACAGGCGAGAAAUCAAGACAAUACUUUCGCAAGAGACUUUGGGGCUCGUGGUCAAUGAUGAGAGCACUUGUCCUGGACCAGGCGGAGUGGAAGAAACACAUCAUGUUGGACAAGGAGACGGGCCUUGACCCUCCGGGGAUCAAGUUACGCGCCGCACAAGGAUUCGAUGCGACGGACUUCUUCAUCACGGGAUACUGGAUUUGGAACAAGAUUUUGGAGAAUCUUGCGACCAUUGGUUAUGACCCGACCAACGCGUUCACUGCGGCUUACGACUGGCGGUUGUCGUAUGCAAAUUUGGAAAUCCGCGAUCAGUACUUCACCAGGCUCAAGAGCUACAUCGAAGUGGCACACUCCACCACGGGGAAAAAGGUCGUUCUCGCCUCCCAUUCCAUGGGUAGCCAGGUCUUCCUAUACUUUAUGAAAUGGGUCGAACAUAAAGAUCACGGUAAAGGAGGCCCUAAUUGGGUCAACACAUAUAUCGACUCGUGGAUCAACAUAUCAGGCUGCAUGCUAGGGACAGCCAAAGACAUUCCGGCAGUCUUGUCCGGCGAGAUGAAGGAUACGGCACAGUUGAACGCCUUUGCCGUGUACGGACUCGAAAAAUUUCUCUCCAAGGGUGACCGUGCGGAAAUCUUUCGCGCCAUGCCUGGAAUCUCAUCGAUGCUUCCCAAGGGAGGAGAAGCCGUCUGGGGAAACGACACCUGGGCACCAGAUGACUUGGCCUAUCCUGAACAGAACAGUACGCACGGUGUCUUCCUCUCGUUCAAGCCCAAGUUCAAUGCCACGGGUCCUCCCCGCAAGAACAUGACAAUGACCGAGUCUUUUGAUUACCUGCUCGAGAGUACUGAGCCGUGGUACCGGGAGCAAGUCAAGCACGCAUACUCCCACGGUGUGGCGCAUACCAAGGCCGAGGUCGAACGUAACGAGAAUCUCCCUCGAACAUGGAUGAAUCCACUCGAAGCACGACUGCCUCUCGCCCCCAACUUGAAGAUUUACUGCUUCUACGGCGUCGGGAAGCCGACCGAGCGGUCAUAUUUCUACAAGGACAAUGAGAACCCUUUGCACGGGAACAUCAACAUCACGAUCGACACGUCGGUGAGCUCAUCUAAUGGACGACUACAGCAACCCGGCUCAAUUGAUCAUGGUGUCGUGUUUGGUGAGGGUGACGGGACAGUGAAUCUUUUGAGCACAGGAUACAUGUGCGCGAAAGGCUGGAAGAAGAUCAAGAGGUAUAAUCCCGCAGGUGUUAAGGUGACGACAUACGAGAUGCCCCAUGAACCAGAUCGGUUCAGCCCACGUGGUGGACCGAACACCGGCGAUCAUGUUGAUAUUCUCGGCCGGAGCAGCCUGAAUGAUCUGAUCCUCCGCGUGGCCGGCGGAAAGGGACAUGAUAUCGAAGAGAAGUAUGAGAGUCGCAUAUGGGAGAUCAGCGAGAAGGUGCAGAUCUUUGACCAUGAGUAGGGGAACGAGCAUGUGCCUUGCAUAACGUGGCGUUCUUGGUUUGAAGUGUAUAUGACUAUGAUACCCGAUAGAGUUCGAUAUAGCGGUGGUGGAGGCGAUGAGCAGGAUCUCCAUGGGAAUACUUUGUGAUAUUAAGGUGGUUUGGGCGGGAUUCAGAGGAUCGUGUGCAUAUAUACCUACCUAGGUAGCUUAGAUGGCAACCAAACAAACGAAAGGUAUGAGAAGCGUGGCGUUUACGAGGCCGACAAUGAUAUUUCA